CGUAGAAUUGUCAGAAUCUGUUUCUAGAAGAGUGUGGGAAAGUAAACAGUGGUCGAACUGAGUGCAGUGUCAACAGCGAUUUAUAUUGAAGUUUUCGAAGAGUUAAGAGUCCACCACCAUGGGAGAACGCAAGGGACAAAACCAUUACUACCCACCGGACUACGAUCCGAAAGUGGGGAGCUUGAACAAGUGGCAUGGGACGCACGCCCUGCGGGAACGGGCCCGCAAGAUCCACCUAGGCAUCAUCAUUAUACGCUUCGAAAUGCCGUACAACAUCUGGUGCGAUGGCUGCAAGAAUCACAUCGGCAUGGGCGUUCGAUACAACGCGGAGAAAACCAAAAUUGGAAUGUACUAUUCCACACCAGUUUACCAGUUUCGAAUGAAGUGUCACUUGUGUGAUAAUCAUUUCGAGAUUAAAACGGAUCCAGCGAAUCUUGACUAUGUCAUAGUAUCGGGAGCGCGACGACAGGAGAAUCGGUGGGAUCCGACGCAGAAUGAGCAAAUCGUUCCAGAAACUAAAGAGGUGCAGAAGAAACUCUUCGAUGACGCCAUGUACAAGCUGGAACAUGGGGCAAAAGAUACGAAGGCAGCCGAAGACGCGAAGCCUGUACUUGGGCAGCUGUAUCAACGAAACAGCAGCAUAUGGAAGGACGAUUUCGAAGCUAAUAGUCGGUUGCGAGCGGAAUUUAGGGCAUCUAAAAAGCAGAUAAAGCUGCAAGACGAAAAAGACAAAGCUCUACUAGUCAAGUCAAGCCUUGAUAUUUCGCUCCUACCAGAGAGUGACUCCGAUCGCAGGAUGGCGGCACUGAUGCGGCUACAGUCGGCGAAAUCUAUCGCGGAGAAGGACCGGGAACGGAGGAACGCUAUCCUCACUCGACCUGCAUUGCCCUCAACAUCAUCGAGUGUGGAAUGCCCCAAAAGAGUGAAAGUAAUCGGAGCGAAACUGGAACGCAAAAGUUUGGGUAUUGUCAAGAGACCAGCAGCUUCCGCCGGAGUUGUUUUGACCACUGCCAGUGUUGGCAAAACGGUAGACGAGGCAGCGGAAGCGAAGAAACCUAAACUUCUGCUCUGUAAUUAUAGUUCUGGUUCUAGUGACAGCGAUUGAAAUGUUUCAAUGCAUUUGUGUUGUGUUUGUUUGCUUAAAUAGUGAUGAAAGUAGUAAUAGAAAUAAAAGUUGAAUUAGCGUGUACAAAAUAAUGAAAAUGGAUGGAAGAUACAUUAAUUGGAAACCAUGGAAAAGAAAUCAAGAAAUGUCUCCAAAACCGUCGGUACAUGUAAGAGUGCAAUAGUACUCCAUCUGUUCAAUUGUUCAGUUAGAUCGGACAGCGGAGACAAUUGAUAUGAUCAUUGUUAUGUUAUUAAUAGCACUAUAGAUAUUAUUAAUAGCUUGUAUGGACGGAGAGGUACCAGGACUCCGACCGUGAAUCAAUCUCCAUGACUAGUGUUCGUUGCUUGGACGUAGUUAUUCUAUAACAAAGAUGGCCAAUUCACAGCCUUGAGUUUUGAUCCUACGAUCGCUUAGUUAGCGAACGCGAAAUCAAUGCGAUUUUCCAAAAUAUAUAUUUUUGUUACGGGCCAUAUGGUGUUAGCCUGAAAACACAAUUGUGAGUUGAUAACAACACUAGAAGCGAAUGAACUGAAAAGUUUAAAGCCUCUUUACUUCAACAUCGUCGUCGUCGAUAACAACAAUAAAUU